AUGUCGGCGAACGCGCCCAGUAACUCCUCUGGCAUUGGCCUUCCGCUCACCAAUCGCGCCCCGACUGCCCAAAAACGACAGACAAUCCAGACUCUGAUAAAAAGAGACGAAGAAGUAACAUCUCAACUACGUCGAGAUCUUGAAAAUAUAGAACAACAGAUACUACAUCAUCAGAACGUUGUUCAUAAUUACCGACAGACCAUCGACAUUGCCACCCCCCCUGAGGCUACACAGCGUAUGAUUCUGGCGAUGAACGAUGUACGAGGUGGUUUGAAUAUCGAUUCCGGAGAAGUCCAUCAAGGUCGGGGAGGUGAUCGCUCACAGACAGUUUAUCGUGACUUUCGCCACGAGCUGGAAUUAAUGCGUGAUCAUGCGUCUUCGAAGCUCCAAGAAGGAGUGAAGACGCUUCGGCAUCUCAAUGACCGCAUCCGAGGCAUCCAAGAAGAUAUCGACGGCCACGUCUCCGUUUUGGCAAUGCUCGAUCUGUCCAAGAAGAACGCAAGACACGCAUUGCGUUCCAAGAUACUGGAAUUAGCCACCAAGCGAAGCAUCAUCAGCGCGAUACGUCUCGUCCCCCUGGAGAUAUAG